UAAUACUAUGGUAAUACACAUGGGAACAUUACGUCACCAUAUCCUCACUGACAGAACAGUCCACUGAAGAACUAACGGGAGUAGGCUACGGGACUUACUGAGUUUUGUGUGGGUGUUGUGAAUGAUAUUUAGGAUUGCAACGGUGAAUCAUAUCCAGACGACUGGAUGGGAAAAAACAUCCUAUAGGUUGUGGGGACUCGGGAGAUCAGUUUCUGGAUUUGGAGUUAAAUGUUUAGGCCUGGGUGACUUGCUACAGUUCUUUUGUCAGGAGUAGGUGAGAUAGCAGCACCAUUUCAUGUGUGAGGAGUGGGUUAAUAUCUAAGGUACAGAUUUGUAUGUGUUGGAUAGUUUAGUUGGAGAUUUCUGGGGACGGGAUUAGUCAAUACAGGUGGAUGCUGGAGACUGGUUAGUGUAGCUUCAGGUGUGAGGGGCACACACUCGGAGAAAUGAGCACAGGAAAGCCCAGCGGCCUCAAACCCCCCUCCAAGAUCAGCAGGCCGGGGCCCCCUGCCAAGACUUCACCCUCCUCUGUGGGUUCUAAGGCGGUGCCCCCUUCCAGCAGUGGCUCACCUGCCCCCCAGGACUCCCCGACAGUCGGUGACUUCCACGUUGGUGAGCGUGUUUGGGUGAACGGUAACAAGGCUGGCUAUGUGCAUUUUGUCGGAGGAACCCAGUUCGCGCCCGGCCAGUGGGCGGGCAUCGUUCUGGAUGAGCCCAUCGGUAAGAACGAUGGCUCUGUGGCGGGCGUACGCUACUUCCAGUGUGAGGAUCAGCGCGGAAUCUUCACCCGCCCCUCCAAGCUGUCCCGCACACAAGUGGCAGAGCCAGAUGCCAACGGUGCCCCGGCGACACCCAAGCAGGCUGUCCCUGCUGCCAGUGCCUCUGCUGCCACUGCCGCCACACCUGCCACCCCUAUCACACCUGCCUCCGGGGUUAAGGCUGGCUUGAAAGCAAGCGAGUCAGUCUCCAAUCUGUCUGAGACAGACUCCACCAAGGCUAAACGAGUACUGAAGUUGGGGGACAGAGUCCUGGUGGGUGGAACUAAGGCGGGUGUGGUGCGUUUCCUGGGUGAGACGGAAUUUGCUAAGGGUGACUGGUGUGGUGUGGAACUGGACGAACCGCUGGGGAAGAAUGAUGGUGCUGUAGCUGGUAGCAGGUACUUUCAGUGCCAGCCCCGGUACGGGCUGUUUGCUCCCACGCACAAGGUGACGCGUAUUGGCUUCCCCUGCACCAGCCUGUCCAAGAGCAUGAGCAGGAGGGCGGGGCUCCGGCGCAGCCCCAGCGGCUCCUCAGCCAGUUCCCUUAGCUCCCUCGCCUCCUCCACCGGGGGCAAGCCCAGCAGAGCGGGCCUGCUGACAGAGACAUCGGCACGGUAUGCACGUAAGAUUUCGGGCACAACGGCGUUGCAGGAGGCCCUGAAGGAGAAGCAGCAGCACAUCGAGCAGCUGCUGGCCGAGCGUGACCUCGAGAGGAACGAGGUCGCCAAGGCAACGAGCCACGCUGGGGAGGUGCAGCAGGAGUUGGCGCUCCUCAUGCAGGGCCAGAAACAGUAUGCGGUUGAGAUGGAGGCUAAGCUGGACCAGCUGAGGAGGAUGGUGGAGACUGCAGAUCGGGAUAAAGUAGAGCUCCUCAAUCAGCUGGAGGAGGAGAAGAGGAGAGUUGAAGACCUUCAGUUCCGUGUAGAAGAAGCUUGCAUUACCAAAGGUGACCUUGAGACGCAGACCAAACUGGAGCAUGCCCACAUAAAGGAACUCGAACAGAGCCUGCUCUUUGAAAAGACCAAAGCUGACAAACUCCAGAGAGAGUUAGAAGACACUAGGCUGGCCACCGUGUCGGAGCGCUCGCGCAUUAUGGAGCUGCAGCAGGAAGUGACCGACCUGCAGCAGAGGCUGGCAGCCGCACAAGCCGCCGGGGGACCGGACUCCCCACCAGCUCAGGACAAAAAGGUGAAGGAGCUGUCGUGCGAGCUGGAGGGGAAACAGAAGGAGGUGACGUCCCUCCAGCAGAGGCUCAGCUCCGCGGAGCACGAGAGGACCACCCUGCAGGAGCAGCUCAGCAGCCUGAGAGAAAAACUUGAUGAAACAUCCCUAGAAAACCAGAAGACUGCCAAGAGUAUGCAAGAGUUGGAGCAGAGCCUGACUGAGGAGCGGGAGCGGCGGGAUGGAGAGGAGGAGGCGCGGAGAGAGGAGCACCAGCAGGAGGUGAAGCAGCUGCAGGAGAGAGCUCAGGCUGCAGAGGAGCAGCUGCAGGUGUACAAGGCCCAGGAGACAGAGUCAGCGAAGAGCCUUUCUCAGGCCCUGGAGACCAUGACCCAGGAGAAGAAGGAGAUGCAGCAACAGCUGGAGGCUCUGAAACAGAAGAACUGUGAGUACCAGCAGGAGCUCAGCCUCUCGCAGGAGAAGCUCAGUGUGGAGAGCCAUCGCAUCGGCAGCCUGAGCCGAGAGAUUGAGGAGCUGAAGCUUGCAACCAAUCAAAAGAGCCAGCGUCUGGCGGCGCUCCAGGAUGAGAACGGGAAGCUGGCCCACGAGCUUGACCUGAGCCGGCUCGAGGGCCACGCCCACAAGAAGAUUGAAGAUAAGCUCUCCAACAACCAGCUGGAGAUCUCUGAGAGGGACAACUCCAAUGCUUUGAUGACGGACAAGGACAGAGAGUUACAGACGCUUAGAAAUGAGAUUGCCCUGCUGCGCGGUGAGCGUGCCGUGGCGGAGACGCUGCGCACGGCCGUAGAGACCCUGGAGAAGGACAAGGCCCAGCUGCAGAACCGUGUCCGCAGCCUGGAGCAGCGGCUCACUGGAGAGCCAACAGCAGCGGGCGACAAAACACCCUCAGGUGAUGCUGCCCUUGACCAGCUACGGGAGGAGAAAGAGUUUGCUGAGGGACAGAUAAACUUCCUGAACUCGGUCAUUGUAGACCUCCAGCGAAAGAAUGAGGAUCUUAAAGGGAAGCUGAAGAAGAUGGCCUUGGCUGAGUUCAAUGGGAAUGAUGAAGACGAUGGCUUAAGAGAAAGGAAGUCCAAGAAGAAGGCACCUCCUCGGGUGUUCUGCGACAUCUGUGACUGUUUCGACCAGCACGACACAGAAGACUGCCCUACCCAAGCCCAAUCACCUGACACACCACCCCACACCACCUACCAUGGCCGGCGCUCGGCUGAGAGACCCUACUGCGACAUCUGUGAGGCGUUCGGACACGCCACAGACUCCUGCAAUGACGACCAAACUUUCUAGAGACAAACAUUCCAUCCAGAUCUUCUAGAGUACACCAUUCCUGCCUGGGAACAGGCACUGCACAUUCCGUUUUCCCUCUGAUCCUUUCAUAUUUAUCAGUGUACGUUCUUUGUACGUA